CUGAGUAUCCCAGGGCGUAGGGCAGUCGGCCCCUCGCUGCUGCCCAGGGCUCGGCGCCCUCGGAGUCCCGCAGACGAAGGCCCAGGGCCGCCAGGCCAGAGUGUGGAGCCCAGGCCGGGAGCGUCGGGGGCCGGGACCCGAAACUGCCCCGCCGUCGAGGGGGUGGCGGGCGGCAGGGCUCCCCAAGUGCCGGCUGGCGGCGCGCGCCCCACGGAGUUUUGCUUUGUCACCCUGACUGUGUCCCGAGCCCGCCCAGCCGCCGAGCGCGGGGCGGGGCUUGUGGCAAUACUAGGAGGCCCCAGGGACCGGGCAAGCAGUCGGCGUCCGGCCGGAGCCGGAGCGGAGUGGAGCGUCGUAGCGUCCCGUCCCGUCCCGUCCCGUCCUGUCCCGGGGCUGGCGCCUCACACGCGGCGAGGUGUGCUGGGACAGAGCCGCCCCCAAGGGUCGUUCUCAUUUGGACACCUAAUGAUUGUACUCCUUCACCACCUCUACCAAGUUCCUGAGAAAAAAUGAGUGCCUGGCAUCGAAGGCGGAUCCUCGGCCCUGAUGUCAGGCCAAGCCCCUGCCACGUCCCCAGCAACCCGUUCUCCUGCCAACCCCAAGAUCCGACUUUCACCCCCCACACCUGAUUGUAGGCAGGAGAAAACUGUGCAGUCUGGGCUGGUUGAUCAGCUUCAACAGCCAGUAAAAAUGAACGGCUCUGAGGACCUUCCCGAGUCCUACGACUUCGACCUCAUCAUCAUCGGAGGAGGCUCUGGUGGUCUGGCAGCUGCUAAGGAGGCAGCCAAAUAUGGCAAGAAGGUGAUGGUCUUAGAUUUUGUCACUCCAACCCCUCUUGGAACUAGAUGGGGUCUCGGAGGAACGUGUGUGAAUGUGGGCUGCAUCCCUAAAAAACUGAUGCACCAGGCGGCUCUGCUAGGACAGGCCCUGCGAGACUCUCGCAACUACGGGUGGAGAGUCGAGGACACAGUUCAGCAUGACUGGGAAAAGAUGACGGAAGCUGUCCAGAACCACAUCGGCUCGCUCAACUGGGGCUACCGAGUAGCUCUUCGGGAGAAGAAGGUUGUCUACGAGAAUGCAUUCGGGCAGUUCAUUGGUCCUCACAGGAUUAAGGCAACAAAUAAUAAGGGCAAAGAGAAAAUUUAUUCAGCAGAGCGAUUUCUCAUUGCCACUGGUGAACGGCCUCGCUACUUGGGCAUCCCCGGUGACAAAGAGUUCUGCAUUAGCAGUGAUGAUCUUUUCUCCCUGCCUUACUGCCCGGGGAAGACCCUGGUGGUCGGAGCGUCCUAUGUGGCUUUGGAAUGUGCUGGGUUCCUGGCUGGUAUCGGUUUAGACGUCACUGUCAUGGUCCGGUCCAUUCUCCUUAGAGGAUUUGACCAGGACAUGGCCAACAAAAUUGGCGAACACAUGGAAGAACACGGGAUCAAGUUCAUAAAGCAGUUUGUACCGAUUAAAAUUGAACAAAUUGAGGCAGGGACCCCAGGCCGACUGAAGGUGACAGCUCAGUCCACCAACAGCAUGGAGACCAUCGAAGGGGAGUAUAAUACGGUGUUGCUGGCAAUAGGAAGAGAUUCUUGUACAAGGAAUAUUGGCUUAGAAACCGUGGGAGUAAAGAUCAAUGCAAAGACUGGAAAAAUACCGGUCACGGACGAGGAGCAGACCAACGUGCCGUACAUCUACGCCAUAGGUGACAUCCUGGAGGGCAAGCUGGAGCUGACCCCCGUGGCCAUCCAGGCGGGGAGGCUGCUGGCCCAGCGGCUGUAUGGAGGCUCCACGGUCCGGUGUGACUAUGAAAAUGUUCCAACCACCGUGUUCACUCCUUUGGAAUAUGGAGCUUGUGGCCUUUCUGAGGAGAAAGCUGUGGAGAAAUUUGGGGAAGAAAAUGUUGAGGUCUACCAUAGUUUCUUUUGGCCGUUGGAAUGGACAGUUCCAUCAAGAGACAACAACAAGUGCUACGCAAAGAUAGUGUGCAAUCUUCAAGAUGAUGAACGGGUCGUGGGCUUCCACAUACUGGGGCCCAGCGCUGGAGAAGUCACCCAGGGCUUCGCGGCCGCGCUCAAGUGCGGGCUGACCAAGAGGCAGCUGGACAGCACGAUUGGGAUCCACCCCGUGUGUGCAGAGAUCUUCACGACGCUGUCGGUGACCAAGCGCUCCGGGGGCAGCAUCCUCCAGUCCGGCUGCUGAGGCUAAGCCCCGGUGCGGGUGCCGUCGACUCCGAGCCACCGGCCGGGCCUGGGAAGGCACCGGGCCUGGCCGGCCAUGGAGGCGGCAUCGCACCCGCACCGGGGUCGCGGACUCGCGGCUGCGCGCAGCGGCACCGGGGCUCCGGCGCGCCCAUGACGUCACCAGCCCCAAGCCCUCGGGUGGGCGGUGACCGAGCACUGCGCCGGCGGCGGACUCGCUGCGGCACCCCCUGCCCACGCCCCUUGCCGACCCUAUUCUUAGCUCCACGCGGGGGCAGUGACUGUAGCGGGCAGAACGUCCGCAGGCAGCUUGUCCCGGCGCCACACGUGCCUAACUUGACCAGCUUGGCGCCCGAGGCGCCGCCUCGCGGGCCGUGGUUAAUCUGCCGGUCUGCGGGGCCGAGACCCUCGCGGAGAAAUUGCCUGCCUCACUUAACCUGCUGCCGGGCGGUGGGCUCAGCCCUAAGCUGGACACACGAGGUGCCCGCUGCUCCGCCGUGUCCUUCGCUCCGCAGGGAGGUGGGCCUUUCCGCACUUAGGGUUCACAGUGCGAUCGUUCUUUCAAGGAAGCUCUUAAUAUGGUAAGUUAUUUUUGAACACAGGUGGAUGUGAAGGAUUUUGACUCAAAACCCAGUGGUUUUGACCUUUUCUGUUGAAUGGGCGACUGGCUGGCGGGUUUGGGCAGUGCCUGUCCUCACUGUCCUAGCUGGGCCGAGGACUUCGGCCUCCUGCUGCAGUUCUGGGCCCCUCACCACCGCCUGCCGUGCAACAGCUGCCUCAGAGCCCGUUUCUGGGCCACUUCAGGGACCCGAGUCGGCCCGGCACCUUGGGCCACCUGCGUGUGUGAAGAGGACGGAAAGGGCAGGGUGAGGCCGUCCACCGCGUUCCCUUUCAUUUCUGUUUUCAAGAGCGGCUCCCCAGGCUGCCAGCGCCCGAGAGCAGGCAGCAGGGGUGCCAGGCCUGAGCGUUAGGGUUCCCUGGGGUGAAUCCUGCCCGCCAGGAGGACCGAACUGCACACACUGCCCCGUUCCACUCUGUCAUCGCCCGCUGUACUGUGACUCCUGAAAUUCCAUGUAUUUUUAUUACAAAUCUUUGGGAAAAGAAGAAACACGAGCCAUUAAAAGGUGUUCACACCCA